ACGACCGUUACAUGUUUAAUGUAUCUUUCUUCAUUCAGUCCACUAGUAUAUUUAAAGUCAUAUGUUGCUUUUACGCGUUUUAUACAUAGGUUUUAUAACAACAAAACGGCGUAUUAUGAUUAUUUAUAGUGGAACGCUGUUCGUUAAAUUGACACAUUAGCAGGGAAGUGUUUCCGGCGUAUAAUAGCCUACUAAAGAAAACACUGAACAGAAAUCAAACAGGUUUAAAAUAAAUAUAGUAGAGAUUUUGAGAAGGAGUUCAGGGUUAGGGUACCGUUAAGGUAUGCUAUGUAGCAUACAGGGCAGUAUUUAGGUUUUUAAAAAGGACAGGAAUUAUAUUAAGAAUUUAGUUUAACACCGUACUGAUCCACACUCCAGAAGAUGGCGGUAAAUGCACCUAAAAGCUGUUUGCCAACCGCCAUAAAAUAAUAGCAGAAGAAGAAGAAGUGUUUCCGGGGUACUUUUAUAACUUUUACACAUAACACACCGUGCUGUCACCGGGAGAUCUGACCUGUCCCCGGUGCUUCUCUCAUGUCCACCGCGGUGUUAGUAGCCGCUGUUGUCGGCGGCGGGGUCCUGCUCCUCAUGCGCCGCCUGUUCCCCCGGCAACAGAAAGCCUUGAAGCUGCUCCGGUAUUCCGCCGACACUAUGCGGGGAAAGACGGUCAUCGUGACCGGGGCUAACUGCGGGAUUGGGAAGGCCCUGGCCGGGGAGCUGCUGAAGCUCCGGGCCCGGGUCAUCAUCGCCUGUCGUGACCUGCGGGGAGCCGAGGAGGCGGCGAAGGACAUCCGGAAACAAGCGGGACCAGAGCAGGGAGAGGUGGUCAUCAAACACCUGGACCUCGCCUCUCUCACAUCAGUCCGGAGGUUUUGUGAGGAAAUUAAAGAGGAGGAAUCCAAGGUUGACGUUCUCAUCAACAAUGCCGGACUCUACCAGUGUCCCUACACAAAGACCGAGGAUGAUUUUGAGAUGCAGCUCGGUGUGAAUCACCUCGGCCACGUCCUCCUCACCCACCUCCUGCUGGACCUCCUGAAGUCUUCGGCCCCCAGCCGCGUCGUUGUUGUUUCCUCAAAGCUUUACAAGUACGGCCACAUCAACUUUGACGACCUGAAUAGUGAGAAUAACUACAAUAAAGCUUUCUGCUACAGUCAGAGCAAGUUGGCCAACCUGCUGUUCACUCUGGAGCUGGCUCGUCAGCUGGAGGGCACGGGGGUCACAGUCAACGCUCUCACCCCCGGCAUCGUGAGGACCAGACUGGGAAGACACGUUCAAAUCCCUUUCCUUGCAAAGCCGCUUUUCUACCUCGCCUCGCUGAUCUUCUUCAAGAGUCCAUUGGAGGGAGCCCAAACCCCUCUCUAUCUGGCCUGCUCCCCCGAGGUGGAGGGAGUGUCGGGGAAGUGUUUCGCUAACUGUGCGGAGGAGGAGCUGAUGCCCAAGGCUACAGAUGAGCAGGCAGCCAAGAAACUGUGGGACAUAAGCAGGAGGAUGGUCGGGCUCGCUGACUGAGCAGAGUCCCGUACUGCGGACAAAAUACUUAAUCUCAAACGGACGCUGCUGUGCAGGAGACGGCUUGUGCUAAGACUGAUUGCCACCUUGAGGAUUUCAUCAAUAAUGGAAUGAUAUGUCGUGCCAAUGAAGUGUGUAAAUGUGUGCAGUGUAGUGGGUAAAACAGAGACUGGAUAAAGUUUCAAUUAAAACAUGUAAACGUGAUGGUUCAAACCAG